UUUUUUUUUUUUUUUUUUCCAAAUGACCAAAGCAAAGCCGACCAAGUUCGCUGCGGGCGACAAGGUUUGGAUCCCGGACGAAGCCGAAUGCUACAAGCUGGCAACAAUCAAGUCCAUCCAGGGCGAUGCCGCAAGCGUGUUUGACGACGCGUACCAGGCCAAGGACGUCCCCGUGGCGCAGCUCGCCCCUGUCAACCCUGCGUCCAUGGACGGCGUUCAGGACAACACGGAGAUGAUGCAUCUCCACGACCCGUCGCUGUUGCACAACUUGCGCACGCGUUACGCACGUGGCGAAAUUUACACGUAUACGGCCUACAUUCUGAUUGCGGUCAAUCCGUACAAGUCGCUCAACAUUUACGGAAACGACUACAUUACUCGCUACACUGGCCAGUCCAUCGGCAAGCUGCCUCCGCACGUCUAUGCCAUUGCGGACCGCGCCUAUCGCAGCAUGAAGCAGGCCAAGCGCAACCAGUCGAUUGUCGUCAGUGGCGAGUCUGGUGCAGGCAAGACGGAGACGUGCAAGAUCAUUAUGCGCUACAUGGCGGCUGUUGGCGGUAGUGGCCCGAUUGGCACCAUCGACGAGCUCGAGACCAAGAUUCUCGAAGCCAAUCCCAUCCUCGAGGCUUUCGGCAAUGCCAAGACUCUGCGCAACAACAACUCUUCGCGUUUUGGCAAAUUCACUGAACUGCACUUUAACAAGACGGCUCAGGUUGUUGGUGCUGCAAUCGAGACGUAUCUGCUGGAAAAGUCCCGCCUCAUUGCUCAGGCCAAGAAUGAGCGCAACUUUCACAUCUUCUACCAGCUGCUGGCGGGUCUUUCUGCCGCCGAAAAGACGAAAUUCAAACUGACCAACCCCAUCGAAAAGUACCCCUUCCUCGGAAAGAGUGGAUGCACCACCAUUCCCAAUGUGAACGACGCAGCGGACUUUGCCGUGGUCCGUAAGGCGCUGACGGUGCUUGGAAUGGGCCCCGCCGACCAGGACCACAUUUUCGCCGUCCUGGCGGGUCUGCUCCACCUUGGCAGCAUCGAGUUUACCGCCUCGAAGAGCAAGAAUGAUGCAACCGAGGUGGACAAGGGCAGCGCGGACAGCUUGACGGCCGCCGCCGAACUGCUUGGUUUGGACCGCACCGCGCUUGCCGACCGUCUCGUGCAGCGUGUCAUGACUGCUGGCGCCGGUGACUCGUACACCAUUCCCCUCACCGUGCAGGAGGCCAUGACCGCCCGUGACGCUCUGGCCAAGUUUAUUUACGGCUCGCUGUUCGACGGCCUAGUGAAGCGCAUCAACAGCACGCUGCCGUGCGAAAACUCAACCCAGUUCAUUGGCAUUCUCGAUAUUUCCGGCUUUGAAAUCUUCGACUGCAACUCGUUUGAGCAGUUUUGCAUCAACUUCUCCAACGAGAAGAUCCAGCAGUACUUCAACCAGCAAAUCCUCCGCCAGGAGCAAGAAAUCUACCACCUGGAGGGUCUGCGCUGGAAGAAGGUCGAGUUUGAAGACAACCAGUCCAUCAUUGAUUUGGUCGAGUCUCGCCGCGGCGGCAUCUUGGCCCUGCUGGACGAAGAGUGCUUGAUGCCCAAGGCCACCGACAAGUCGUUCGCCAUCAAGGUCCACACGACCCACCUGAACAACGCCUUCCUUGCCAAGCCAAAGUUCUCGCGCGGCAAGAAGCGUCUGAGCGAGGAUGAGGCGUUCGUCAUUCGUCAUUUUGCCGGCGAGGUGGUCUACGAGACGGCCAACUUCCUGGACAAGAACAAUGACACGCUUCACGCUGAUCUGACGCAGCUGCUCACCGCUGGCAAGAAGCAGUUUGUCACCUCCCUCUUCCAGAAGCUCACCGAGCGCGACGACGAUGUGGUCCUCUCUCAAGGUGGCAACGGUCGCUUCAAGAGCGUGGGCGCCAAGUUCAACAAGCAACUGGCCCACCUCAUGACCCAGCUCAACAAGACCACGUCACACUUUAUUCGCUGCAUCAAGCCCAACGCCGUUCAACAGGCCGGAGUGUACAACGCCAACGAAGUGAUGGUUCAGCUGCGGUACAGCGGCAUGUGUGCUGCUCUCGUUCUCAUGCAAGCCGGUUUCCCCACUCGCUGCUCGUUCGACGACCUGUAUGAGAGGUAUGCUCACAAGAUGCCUCCGUCCAUCGCGCGCCUAAAACCCGCGACGUUCUGCGAAGCGUUGCUUGUCGCGCUCGACCUGAACGGCGGCCGUGAUUUCCAGAUGGGUCUGACCAAGGUCUUCUUCCGCUCUGGCAAGCUUGCCUUCUUGGACGAACUGCUCAACGGCUCUGGAGAUGCCAUUGGCAACAUUGUCGGCAAGGUUAAAAAGUGGCUUGCUCGCAAACGCUUCCACGCUGCAAUUUGGGCGGUUGUGUCGCUGCGCCGAUUUGGCAAGCUGGUGGAGGGCGUUCGUUUGGUCCGCCGCUUCCGACGUGCAGCUCGGUUUAUGACGCGCAUGGUUCGCAUCUGGGUGCCGCUUGUCACCACCGUUCGCCGCAAGUUGUACAGCGAAGCCACUCUCAAGCAGCGCCGCGAAGAAGAGGAGCGCCGCCUGGCUGAGCAGCGGGCCAUCGAAGCCAAGCGCCAGGCCGAAGAGGAGCGUCGCAAGCGCGAAGAAGAGGCUGCUCGCAAGAAGGCCGAAGACGAGGCUCGCCGCAAGCUUGAAGAGCAGAAGCGCAAGGAAGAGGAGGCCAAGGCUGCCAUGGAGUUGCAGGUGCGCACGCUGACCGAGUCGCGCUCCAAGUUGGAGGCCGAAGUUCGCGCAGAGCAACAGCAGCGCAACCAGCUGGCUGCCCAGCAGGCGAGCAUGACUGCCGCGCUUGAAACGACAAAGUCCGACCUGGCACGCGAGCAACAAGAGCGCCAAACCCUUGUCGAGCGUCUCAAGCAGACAGCUGCCGACAAGGACACGUCCGACAAGACGCUCAGAAGCACUCGUGAUGCUUUGGAGGCCGAGCAGCGCGCCCGUUCCGCCGUGGAAGGGGAUUUGCGCGUGGAACGCGAGUCCAAGACCGCCCUGCAGACACGCUUGGAGGCGGAGCGUGCCAGCCACCAGAAGGAGAUUGCCGCCUUCGCUGCGGCGCAGCAGAGCGACAAGGCCACCGUCAUGCAAGAGCUUCAGCAAGCUUCUGCCGCCCGAACCGCACUCGAGUCAACCCUUCGCGACACGGAGGAACGCAAGCGCCAGCUCGAAACGGAGCGGUCCUUGCUGGAGAAGUCACUGGCGGACGAGCGCGCGUCGCACGAAAAGUUCAAGGCAGACUCGCAUGCAGCGGCCAGCUCGCUGGAGUCCGACCUUCGCGCCCAAAUUGCACGCCUCGAGGCGCAGGUUGCCCAGCUCUCUUCGCAGCUCAGCACUGAAACUGCUGCGCGCACCUCGGCCGAAUCGUUGCUUGCCGAGACCAAACGCGUGGCCGAGAGCGACCUGCAGUUUGUCAACACGCAAAAGUCGGUUGUCGAAGACGAUCUGUCUGCGACGCGCAUGCGCAUCGCAAGCCUUGAGGGCGAGCUGGCGGCGCUGUCCGAGCGGGCCGAGAUGGCGACCAUCGAGAUUGGCGUCAUGGCCAAGUCGAUCGAGCGCUUGGAGGCGUCGCUCGCGUCCGAGAAGGCAACCUCCGACACGAUGCGUGCAGACUUUGCUCGCGAGCGCCAGGAGCAGACCCUGGCCGCUGAAACGGCCCGCAUGGACAGCGAGGCGCUCGUCAAGAAGGUCAACACGGACAUUGCCGUGAAAGAGGCCGUCAUCCUCAAGAUCAUGUCGGACAAGAAGCGACUGGACGCCAAGCGUGCCGAGGAGACGCAGCAAGCUGCCGCCACCAUCUCCAACCUCAAGGACGACCUGGAAGUCAAGGUCCAGACCAACGAGGCGCUCAGCACCGAGCUGGCCGGCCUGCAAAAGACCCACCACGAUCAAAGCGAGAAGCUCGCGCUCAUGGACAAGGAGCGCAACCAGCUCAUCGACAUUGCCAUCAAGUGCCAGCAGUCGCAGAUGAAGCUGCGGAACAUUUACUCCAAGUUUAACAACAAGGAGUUUGACCUGGCCAAGAUCAUUUAUGGCGACAUUUCCUUCAACACGGCGACGCGCGGCGCUUCCAAGAUUGGCGAGCUGAGCAAGCAGGGCGGCGACAAUGUCAAGAAGUGGGCUACGCGCCACUUUAUUCUCAACGAAAACUUUUUGUUCUACUUUGGCGGCCAAACGGACAAGGAGCCCAAGGGCAUCAUUCGCAUGGACCAAGCGGUCAUCGAGAAGCGCGAUCUGACCAAGCUCGGGAAGGCGCACGGAUUUGCCAUUGUCAUCCCUUCCGGCCGCGAGUACUUUAUGUCUGGCACUGAGCAGGAGGUCGAUGACUGGGUCAAGGCGCUGGAGUCGUCCGCGACCGUGUAAGCGCAAACAGUCCUUUUUUCGCCUCCGCCAACGACAGAAACCGUGCUCGAUAUUUUGUGCAUUUGAACUGCGAUGUGAAUGAAGAUGCUGCUGUUUAUUGCUGUUUGCUGUUUGUGUUGUUUUUCGACCCCACUGCUGCUGCUGUUGUUGUUUGCACUUUUGACAUUAAAAUGGUGUGCGAGUGAGUGAGUGACUCGAAUGUCUGACAAAGUUGCGCAAUAUGCGAGCAUGCCCCCAUCCACAAUCCACUAU